GGCUGGGGACAGCUGUGGGGCUGGUACUCAACGACAGAGUCCCCCAGCCUCUCCUCCUCUAGGGUGUGGAGAACACCAGCUGGCACCCAGAGCUGGAGAGACUCGGGGCCCCAUUAGUCUGUAUCCAAUAGGAACAGUUAGCACCCAAGAAACCUGAACAGGGUGGGGGACAGCUGUGAGGGCCCAGACCUCCAAAUCCAGCCGUACCAUGAGCUUACCCACAUGCUUCACACCAUCCAUGAUUGAGCGAAAGAACUUUCGGAUCUGGUCAGCAGCCACUUUGGCCUUCCUGGCGAUAGCUUUAAUCUUAUUCAGAGCACCUACGAGAAAGGGGUAGGGACAGUGUGGGGCCUCCUCCACGCUGUAGGAGCCAAUUCUCGACAUUGUCCCUGCUGGGGAGGGGAGAAGGACUGGUGGGGAGGUGGGGAGCCAGGAAGAGACCAGAGAGCAAGAACAUGAGGGUUUGGCUGAACUCCAAAGUCUCUUUCAAGGCUGGGUGCUUUGAGGUUCAGACACAGAAAUAAGGCAAAGGACUGCAAACCUUUCAGAAGGAGGGGACACUGGGUCCUGUGGGAAACAGAGUUGGGGCUUACUGACGAGGGGCUGCUUGGCCUGCUCCAGCACCUCCGCAGUCUGGUUCAGAGCCAGCUCUGCCCCACAGGCCACCGCCUUACUGGCCUGGGAGAAGUUGUGCAGAGUGUUGGCACAAGGCCCUUGGAGUACCAACCCAAAAGCAGCCAUCAACAGCAGCAUCCGGCCAUGCCCUGGGGAGACAGCCCUGAACAUAGCAGCAAGGUCCUUGUAGACAGCUACCCCUACCCUAGGACCUGCCCUCGCCCCACAUGCCAGGCUCACUGGAGAAAGCCUGGGGCAGCAUCAGAAAGACAGUGGCUCGGACCUGGCGGGAGAACCCCAUCCCCAGGCUAAGGAAGGCAGCCAAAGUGACGGUGCCCACCAGGCAGCCCCGGGGGCUGCGCCCCUCCACCAGCAGCUCCAGAAGCCCAUAGGCCGUAGCCAAGGACAAUCCCAGGCUGAAGCCGCCCACACUGCGAACAAUGGCCCGGGCCAUGCUAGGCUCUUCUGCCCCUAGGGACAAUGCAACAUCCCCCAUAGCUUUGGGCAUGGCAGCCGGGACAAUGAUUCCUGUCUCCAGGAGAGGCCCUGGGUUCUGGUGUCCUGGAAUUCCUCACUCUAUUCAGAGAUUCCGGAGGGCUUGGGCUGUGUGUGUCUCAGAAUCCCUUAUCUGUUCCGAGGGCUGAGGAGGGAGAGUGGGUCUCCAGUCUUCUGUAUCUCAGAGCUGAGGGACUGGAAGUCACAGACUCAGAGAGGGGCUAGGAAUGAGGCCUUCCCUUCUCUCCAAGGAUGGCACUUCUAAGGGAAGCUUUGAGGAGACUUCUGGGACCAGAGAGGGUUCCAAAGAACAGAGAGGACAUUAAACACCAUGAGAGCGGGCCAAGAAGGCAAAGAAGGAAACCACCCCACACUACUGUACAGAGGCUCCUGAACUGGGGGCUGCCAGAGCUCUGCAGCCGGUUCCUGUGGCGUCAGCCAGGCGAGUUCCCUGUCACUACCUUCCUGCUGGGGGCUGGCACUGGGGGACUCCUGGCCAUAGGUCUCUUUCAGCUCUUGGUGAACCCUAUGAACAUCUAUGAAGAGCAGAAGAUGGUGGUGUUGUACGGCUUGGUGGGUUUGGGUGCCAUAGGUUGGGGGACCUCCCCUCACAUCCGCUGUGCCAGCCUCCUGCUCGUGCCUAAGAUGCUGGGCAAAGAGGGCAGGCUCUUCGUCCUGGGAUAUGCCUUGGCUGCCAUUUAUAUAGGGCCAGUGGCCAAUAUGAAGCACAACCUCAAUGAAGUGGUAGCAUCACUGGGCUGCACCGUGGAGCUGCAGAUCAACAAUACCCGUGCAGCCUGGCAUAUCUCCACAGCGCCACUCCGGGCAGUUUUCAAGGACCUGCUGGGCAGCAAAGAAUCACUGAGAGCAGAGACUCGAAACAUUUCCACUGCCUUUAAGGACCUGGAUGCCCAGGUGAGCAGUGAGGCUGGCUACACACCUGAGGAUGCUGCGGGCUCUGAGGAAACUACUCAAGGUGCAGAGGCCAAGAAGGCCCCCAGCACUAAGAUCCACCUAUCAACCCAGAAGAUGUUUGAGCUAAAGACCAAGCUGCGCUGCUCCUAUGUGGUAAACCAAGCUAUUCUCAGCUGUCGUCGUUGGUUUGACCGAAAACAUGAACAGUGCAUGCAACGUAUUCAGAUCCCACUCCUGAACCACUUGAUCUGCCUGCCAAUGAAAUUCAAGUUCUUCUGUGGCAUUUCCAAGGUGAUGGAGGUUUGGUGCCGAAGCCGUAUCCCAGUCGAAGGCAACUUUGGGCAGACCUAUGAUUCCCUCAACCAGUCUGUUCAUGGCCUGGAUGGGGAAUUUUCAGCCAAUAUUGACAUCAAGGAGAAGCAGCAGGCUGGGGUGCUGGGCCUCAACACGAGCUGGGAGCACGUGAGCACCGAGGUGCGGGACUACGUGGAACGGCAGGAGGCCCGGCUGGAGUGGGCCCUGGGGCUGCUGUAUGCACUGAUGUCCUGCACCUUCCUGCUGGUCCUCCGAGCGUCCUUCUCCUACACGGACAGCUACAACCAGGACAUUCGCUUUGACAACAUCUACAUCAGCACCUACUUCUGUCAGAUCGAUGAGCGCAGGAAGAAGCUGGGUAAACGGACUCUGCUGCCACUGCGCAAGGCUGAGAAGAAGGACUUUAUCUUCCCCUGCAAGCCCAUUGUCCAGGCCUCCGAAAUGAGCAAUUUGGCACGGGAGCUCCUGGAGGCGCUGCCUGUCCUACUGCUUCUGCUGGUGCUCUGUGGGCUCGACUGGGCCCUCUACUUGGUCUUCAACACCAUCCGCCAGCACUCCUUCCUGCAGUAUUCCUUUCACAGUAGUCAUAAACUGGAGGUGAAGGUUGAGGGGGAUUCCAUGCUCGCCCGGCUUCUUCGGAAGACCAUUGGGGCCCUCAACACUUCUUCAGACACAGGGGUGGAAUCAAACAACAUGCCCUGUCUGCCCCAGCCCGUGGGCCUGGAUGCCAGAGCCUAUUGGAGGGCCACUUUCCCCAUCGGCCUGCUGCUGUGUCUCUGCCUGGCCCAGGCUUUCGGCUACCGGCUCCGGAGGGUCAUCGCAGCCUUCUUCUUUCCCAAGAGAGAGAAGAAACGGGUCCUGUUCCUCUACAAUGAACUAUUGAGGAAGAGAGAAGCCUUUACCAAGCUGAGGCGGGCUGCCAUCGUGAGGCGGGCCCAGCAGCAGAGGGCUCCACGCCACCACCUGGUGGACACCUUGCACCGCCGCUGCCCGGUCCUGCGCCGCUGGCUGCGCCGGCGCUGCGUGGUGUGCCAGGCCCCCGAGACGCCCGAGUCCUACGUGUGCCCGACGCCAGACUGCCAGGUCGUGUAUUGCCGGUCGUGCUGGGACGACAUGCGGCAGAAGUGCCCGGUCUGCACACCCCGCGAGGAGCUCUCUUCUUCCGCCUUCAGUGACAGCAACGACGACACUACCUACGCGGAGUGAAGGGCGAUGGCUCGCUUCCCGCCCAGCUACACACUUAUAAAGCGCUUCGUUUGUCCCUGCC